AUGGACAUAAAAAACCCAACGUCCGCUGCCGCCGCCACAGAUACCCCAGAUACCGACGGUGAAACCCCACUUCAUUCCCAACUGAUCAAGCCAUUUUCGUCCUUUCCUAAUGGAAAGAAGCACCACCACCAACCACCGCCUACGGUGGUGGCUUACAAAGAAUGUCUUAAGAACCAUGCUGCCACCAUUGGCAGCCACGCCUUAGACGGUUGCGGUGAGUUUAUGCCGGCGCCAACUCUGAACCCACAAGAGCCCACCUCUCUAAAAUGCGCUGCAUGUGGCUGCCACCGCAAUUUCCACCGCCGUGAGCGCAUCAAUGAGGUGUACGCCACCGCUGACAACAAAACUCACUUCAUUGAGUUCCACCACCCUUCUUCUCCACCUCAACCAACAAAUUACGCUUUCGCACCCCACGUACUGCUGUCACUCGGCACAGCUGACCAAACCCACGCGGUGGUAACGCCGGGGACACCGGCAGCUAUCAGGAUUGAAAACCCAAAUGGGAGAAAGAGAUUCCGGACGAAAUUCAGCCAAGAUCAGAAAGAAAAGAUGUCUCUUUUUGCAGAGAAAGUGGGGUGGAAGAUGCAGCGAUGUGAUGAUAAAAUGGUAGCGGAUUUCUGCAAUGAGAUUGGAAUCAGAAGAGGAAUUUUCAAAGUCUGGAUGCAUAAUAACAAAAACACAAUUGGAAGAAAGGACAAAGAGACAACCUCUAUGACGACCACCGCCCCUCCCAUCACCACUCUUGCAUCCACCGCCGGUGUCAUUAAUGUCUAUAAUAAUGGUAGGUUAGUAGUUACUAGUGAGUCUCAUGAUCAUGAGGAGGAUAUUAAUGUUGAUGGACGUGAUAACAGUAAUAGUAGUGAUCAAGAAAAUGAUGAUGGCGGUGGUGGUGCCGGCAGUUGCGGCGGUGCUGUUCAUCUCCAAGCUUCUACAAAUGGGUCUUCUUCUACAUGUUGA